AUGAUGCAAUUUAUGUUACUGUUCUCUCGACAGGGUAAACUACGCUUACAAAAAUGGUACGUGGCUUAUCAAGACAAGGUAAAGAAAAAAAUUACACGUGAGUUAGUGACAACAAUCUUGGCCAGGAAACCGAAAAUGUGUGCUUUCUUGGAAUAUAAAGACAUGAAGAUCGUUUAUAAAAGAUAUGCAUCGUUGUACUUUUGUUGUGCCAUCGAAGAUAACGAUAAUGAAUUAUUGUGUCUCGAAGUGAUACACCGUUUCGUUGAGCUGCUCGAUAAAUAUUUCGGGAGUGUUUGUGAACUGGAUAUCAUAUUCAACUUCGAAAAAGCUUAUUUCAUUCUCGAUGAGUUCUUACUGGCUGGCGAAAUACAAGAAACGAGUAAAAAACAAGUGCUGAAGGCUAUUGCUGCACAGGAUCUCAUACAGGAGGAGGAAACUCCUCAGGGAUUUUUCGAAGACCACGGACUUGGAUAA